CUUAGUCAUAAACCACUAGGGUAUAGGCAUCUAGACACGUACAUGUACAGUAAAAAUACUAAUUAUUCUUUACUACAGGCCCUUGGCAAUGCCUUAGUCGUUACAAACCCACAGGAUUUUGUAUACAAGGCAAAACUGCCCAAGAUGCCGUUCUUUAAGCAAGGUUCGUUGAACGGCAACGUCCAAGGGUCUAUUGUCGCUAUGACAGCUCUGGAUGGCAACAGGGUCAAGUUUACCGUUGGCUUCUCAAACCUGCCUAACAAGGGCAGCCCUUUUACCUACCACCUCCAUGUUGAUCUGAUCCCAGAGGAUGGCAACUGCACCAAAGCACUCGCCCACUACAACCCUUUUAACCAUGUAAAGACUGCGCCAUGCGAUGCCUCUAGGCCAGAGACCUGCUAGAUUGGUGACCUAAGCGGCAAGCACAGGUCCAUGACGCGUGACUAUGAACAGACAUAUAUUGACCACUAUCUCUCAAUUAUGCAAGGACUAGGAUCCUUCUUCAACAACUAGAGCUUUGAGUUCCACUUCACGAAUAAGACGUAAAUCAGCUACACUAACUUCAAACUAGUCCAGUGGCCUACCCUAUACAGCAACAGUACCAGCGCCUCUAACACCGUUUACGUAACAAAUGCCCUGGCUACAGUGACUCCUUAUAGUAAUGUACUAUUCGUUAGCGCUGCUUCUAUAAUAGUUGUAUUACUUUAUUUACUUGGCGUAGUAUUU